GGCAAACAGAAAAUCCAGCAUCCCUUGCUGCCUUUUAACAAAUCGUUUUAUGCUUGGGGGCUGAGCUGCUCUUUGGGGUAUAUAUCUAGGAACAGUGCUGAACCCUCAGGACAUGCAUUUAAUCGUCUGUGGCUGAUCGCACUGCAACGGGACUAGAUAAUACUGCUAGGGAAUGUAAUAUAUGACAUGUUAAAAGGAGGCAUGUUGAGCAAGUGAAAUCCCUAGCAAAAAAUACCUGCUUUGGGACGAAGGUAAACGGUAUCUCCUGGGUGAAUGUCUUAAGAUGCACUCCACAGCCUCAAAACCAUCCAACAGAACGAUAGGUGCCCUUCAUGUAAAAAUAUGUCCCGGAAUGAAUCAUUAUGCAUUUGAACAUUGGUACUCUCUCAUCUUGAUAACUUGCUGCUGUUAAAUACUCACCAUCUUUAAAAUGGCUGCUUGCAACAGCAGUUUACUGGUGGCUUGUGAGCUGCAAGACUCCAAUACUUCAAGCCUCUCAGUUGUCGGAUAUACAACUAUGCCCAUUCAUCUAAGGAUAUUGUUGGCAGCAGUCAUGACAGGUAUGGUUGUCAUCAGUUUCUUAGGCAAUGCUAUAGUCUGUCUGAUAGUCUACCAGAAACCAGCCAUGCGGUCUGCCAUCAAUCUGCUUUUGGCAACCCUUGCCUUUUCCGACAUAAUGCUUUCCCUCCUUUGUAUGCCUUUCACUGCUGUUAGCAUUAUUACCGUCGACUGGCAAUUUGGAGUCUAUUUCUGUAAGAUAUCGGCAAUGCUCUACUGGUUCUUUGUCCUGGAAGGAGUUUCGAUACUCUUAAUCAUCAGUGUUGACCGCUUCUUAAUCAUCGUUCAGCGACAAGACAAACUCAACCCAUACCGUGCCAAAAUAAUGAUCACCGUUUCUUGGCUACUCUCGUUUUGCAUCUCUUUCCCAUCAGUGGUGGGCAGCACUGUUGUGGAUGUGCCAACCCGGGCUCCCCAGUGUGUUUUGGGUUAUACAGAGUCCCCUGCAGACAGGGCCUAUGCUGUUCUGCUGGUGGUGGCAGUUUUCUUCAUCCCCUUCAGUGUCAUGCUGUACUCCUACCUCUGUAUCCUCAACACGGUGCGCCGCAACGCAGUGCGAAUUCACAACCACGCAGACAGCUUGUGCCUGAGCCAGGUCAGCAAACUAGGCCUCAUGGGCUUGCAGCGGCCCCAACAGAUGAAUGUAGACAUGAGUUUCAAAACCAGAGCGUUCACCACCAUUCUGAUCCUUUUCAUCGGUUUCUCCAUCUGCUGGCUGCCCCACACAGUGGUGAGCUUGCUGUCUGUGUUCAGCCAUCGUUUCUACUACAGUCCAUCCUUUUAUGUCAUCAGUACUUGUGUGCUCUGGCUGAGUUACCUGAAGACCGUCUUUAACCCCAUUAUAUACUGUUGGCGGAUUAAAAAGUUCAGAGAAGCAUGCAUGGAGUUCAUGCCCAAAACUUUCAAGAUCCUCCCCAAAGUGCCUGGCAGGACCAGAAGGAGAAUACGGCCAAGUACUAUUUAUGUUUGUAGUGAACAUCAGUCUGCUGUUUAAAAAAGAGCCCUUGGCAAAAGUACCAAUUUAAUGCUUAAUUACUACCUUUGUGUUAGCACUGCACUGCACAAGUACUACUGCCACUCAUAACAAUUAAAAGCAAGCAGUUCAUAGUAUCCAGUAGUUUAAGUGGACUAUCUCUAUAUAAAUGACUUAUUUUCUGAUAAAAAAAAAAAAUACAUCCUAUGUGAAAAAUAAAUGUUGGUUGUAAGUGGUGGAUAGUUUUCUACCUUUUUUGGUGGCCUAACCCAGUGUUUCCCAACCCUGUUCCUGGCGGCACACCAUGUCUGCUGAUUUUCAUUCCAACGCAGUACUCAAUUGCUUAAUUGAACCGUAUCAAAAAACGAAGAGAUUGAAAAUAAUGCCCAGUUAAACACUUUAUUGGUUCAAUGAAGGGUUCAAUUAAGCAAUUGAGUGCUGCAUUGGAACAAAAACCAGCAGACACGGUGUGCCGCCAGGAACAGGGUUGGGAAACACUGCUCUAAACAUUAUAUAAUGAAAUGCAUUGUUCUGGAGCAAAGAAAAGGUAAAAGAAAUAUCCCACAAUAAACAGAAUUUACAAAAGUAAAUCAAGUCUUUGGAAGUUAUGAUAAAUUCCAAUAAGAAUAAAAAGGUAUGUAGUUUAUUAAAAAAUAAGUCUUCUUUAAACUGCUUGGAUAUAAAUGAAUCAUAACCGGUGUGCUACUUAACUCAACACUGCAGACCUGUAAAAAAAAGGCUUGAUGUGAUGUGUAAAUGACUUUAGUGUGACUACAUUUUCCCUUAUUAGACAUGGAAACAAAUGCAGACAGACCAAGUUCACGAGUUUGAUUUCAGGGAGACCUUCAUGGGGACCCGGCGCUACUGAGUUUAAACAUUUUUUUUACAUUUGUUAACUCUACAGAAAUACUUCAUGGGUAUUUAUAGAGCAAAACACAAAGAUAAAAUACAAUAACUCAGAAAUUGGACUAUGGAACAAUGGUCAAUGGUGCUUUGGACUAUUGAUGGAUGGACAACGACACCUGUGCCUUCUGCCAGUUCUGUUGUUAAUUCAAUGCUUGUCUUCUUUCUAUUCCUUAAGGAUAUUAUCUUCAAGUACUGCUCAUCCUUGUUAGACAACUUUUUGGGUCUUGGGUUUGUCAAUUACAGAUGAUGUUUCUCUGUACUUGUUGAAUAUGCUUCGGAUACCACACCUUGAAAAUCAAUUGAUGCAAGCUAUUUCACUCAAUGUUUUUCCUUCUCUAUGCAAGUCAAGGUUGCUAUAAUAGUAGAAAACACUAGUGGAGGCUUUGUGUAAAUUGUUGAUGCUCAUAAUACAUCAGAGUAGAAAAAUGCAACAUGUCUAAGACUUUUG